GGGACGGCACGCUCGAAAGCAUGAAGAAGGGACUAAUAUUAUCGCUUUCAUGCUGUUCCGCUGUUGGUUCGUCCUGAUUGCCGUUUGUGGCAAGCGCCCUCGCUUUGUAUGUUAAAGAAGUUGUUGCGAGCAAGCACGAAAGCGAUUUGUCGCUGUCAACAUGUCCACAAUUUCUUGUUACUUAUAUCACACCUAAUCACUACCAACAGUACAUCCUGCACCGUCCGGUUCUUCCGUUUUUUUUGAAGAGCUCGGCUAUCAUAUAGCGCUUGGUGUCGAUCUUGUAGGCUUCUCAAGACAUUCAUCAGUCAUGGUUCUGCUAUCACUACCGUCAGAAGUCCCUGCUCUUCGGUUCUUCGUCGUUGUAGUUCUUACAACAUGCGCCUACAUUGUCCACAAACAGUCUGCCUCAAAGCCAGUCAAGAACUUCCCUCAUGAAACUGCCGUCCACGAAGUUCCUGCUGAAAGUCCGGUCUUCGAGGCACAAGAAGCAUCACACCCAUCUAAGCCACCAGAUACUCCUGUCUCGGCCAACUACUUCCCAUCUCAGGAAUUCAAUUACAAAUGUGGCUUCUGUUUCCACACUGAGACCAGCUCAUACAUUCUAACGCACGACAAGGCUCCUAAAGGCCUGAAACUUCUGAAAGAAGCCGGUAUGCGCAAGCUCAACAUCGCCAGCGGAGAACUAUUCCUCCACCCCAAAUUUCUCUCGAGUCUGAUUCGCUACUGCAAAGAGAAUUUGGGUGUCACCGAGAAGUGGAUGCAGGAGAACUCCCAGUGGUUGGAUAUCCUGGCUAUCUCCUGUGACUCUUUUAAUGCUCGGACAAACGUCAAAAUUGGGCGCGUCAAUAUCUACAAUUGGGACGAAGAUAUGAUCGCCAACAUCGAGAAGCUAGCGCCAUUCCGAUGGAAGACCUUCCAGUGCCUCAUUGUUGCAGGUGAGAAUGAUAACGAAACCUGGAAGCGUGACUCAAGGAAGUUUCUGGUUACUGAGGAACAAUGGAAAACCUUCUGUGAUCGACACAAGCACCUUCCGUGCUACCUACCUGAGGACAAUAACUCCAUGGCUAGUAGCUACCUCUUGCUUGACGAGUAUAUGCGCUUCAUGGAUAAGGGCGAAGGCAUGAUGACGACUAGUGGUCCUAUCUUGGAUGUUGGCGUUCCGAAGGUAAUGGAGCAGAUUGUCUGGGACAAGAAGUCGUUCGUGGAACGCGGGGUUAUCUAUGAUUGGGGCAGGGCAGAUAUGAAGCCGGCUAAGGAACUUAGCUGCGGUACCCGUCUCAACAUGGAGGAACUGGAAUUUUAG